UACUCCUGAGGACGUCGCCGACAGUGCCUAAGGCCUCGUGGAUAAAUUUGAUCGCUAUCAGACGCCGUCGGCGUCUAAGCCCACCUAUUUCAGGGGCAAUCUCGGCCCGCUUUCACACUAGCUCGCUGCCCUGCAGCCCCGCCCCUUCCUGGGGGCUCCGCCCCCCGUGAAUCAGCUGAUCUCAGGGACCCGCUGGGCUGAGAAGCUCGCGUCGGAUGCAGACUGCGGUGCUGCCGGUGGAGCGUCAGGUCUUUAUAUACUUUUCGCAAAGAAGAAAUGAUUUGGUGAUGGAGUUCUCCCCUUGACCGAUGGACUCAAAGAAGAGAAGCUCAACAGAAGCAGAAGGAUCCAAAGAAAGAGGCCUGGUCCAUGUGUGGCAGGCAGGAUCCUAUUCUGUAACACCAGAGAGACUGCCAGGCUGGGGAGGAAAGACUGUUCUUCAAGCAGCCCUUGGAGUGAAGCAUGGAGUUCUUCUGACUGAAGAUGGUGAGGUCUACAGCUUUGGGACUCUUCCCUGGAGAAGUGAACCAGCAGAGAUUUGUCCGAGUAGCCCCAUUCUAGAAAAUGCCCUGGUUGGGCAAUAUGUUGUUACUGUGGCAUCAGGGAGUUUCCACAGUGGAGCAGUGACAGAAAGUGGCAUAGCGUACAUGUGGGGGGAGAACUCUGCAGGCCAGUGUGCAGUAGCUAACCAGCAGUAUGUUCCAGAACCGAAUCCUGUCAGCAUUUCUGAUUCUGAGACCAGUUCUUUGUUAGCCGUCAGGAUUUUGCAGUUGGCAUGUGGUGAGGAGCACACACUGGCAUUGUCAUUAAGCAGAGAGAUUUGGGCAUGGGGUACUGGUUGUCAGUUGGGUCUCAUUACCACCGCCUUCCCGGUGACAAAGCCACAAAAGGUGGAACAUCUUGCCGGGCGAGUAGUGCUACAGGUUGCCUGUGGUGCGUUCCACAGCUUAGCACUCGUACAGUGCCUCCCUUCCCAGGAUCUGAAGCCAGUCCCGGAAAGAUGCAACCAGUGCAGCCAACUCCUAAUUACGAUGACUGACAAAGAAGACCAUGUGAUUAUAUCAGACAGUCAUUGUUGCCCAUUAGGUGUGACACUGUCAGAAUCCCAGGCAGAGAACCAGGCCGGCACUGCCAUCAGCCCCUCCACUGAAACCCUUGACAGUCAGGGAGAAGUAUUCGAGCACACGCUUGGAGAAAAUGAUCUGCCUGUUGCUACUGACACGAACGUUGGAAAUGUUCAGACCACAGGUGGUGAUGCCAUUCCCUCCCAACAAGACAUCGUGGGAACAACUGAAGUUUCUUCUGCCAGAAAUGUGCCAUCGUACCCUGAUACUCAGGCAGUAAAUGAAUACAUGCAAAAACUGUCAGAUCAUUCAGUAAGAGAGAACUCAGAGAACGGCGAAAAGCCAAUGCCAUCUCAGCCUCUUGUAGAAGAAGCAGUUCCCAAUCUUCUCAGCCCACCAACCACAAGCACCUCAGCCCUAAACAGCCUAGUAGUCUCUUGUGCAUCUGCUGUUGGUGUGAGAGUGGCUGCUACAUAUGAAGCUGGGGCCUUGUCUCUUAAGAAAGUUAUGAACUUUUAUAGUACAGCCCCUUGUGAACCUGGAACUCAGGCAGGCAGUAGUUCCAUAGGCCCCGAAGGUCUGAAAGAUAGCAGAGAAGAACAGGUUAAACAGGAAUCAAUGCAAGGAAAGAAGAGUUCAAGUCUUGUGGAUAUCCGAGAAGAGGAAUCAGAGGGAGGCAGCCGAAGACUCUCCCUCCCUGGCUUGUUGUCCCAAGUUUCCCCCAGGCUCUUAAGAAAAGCUGCACGGGUAAAAACACGGACAGUGGUUCUGACUCCUACAUACAGUGGAGAAGCAGAUGCACUCCUGCCUUCUCUGAGAACAGAGGUGUGGACCUGGGGGAAAGGGAAGGAAGGACAGCUGGGACAUGGUGAUGUUCUGCCUAGGCUUCAGCCACUGUGUGUAAAAUGUCUGGAUGGUAAAGAAGUAAUCUAUCUGGAGGCAGGUGGUUACCAUUCUCUUGCACUUACUGCGAAAUCCCAGGUUUACUCAUGGGGUAGCAAUACCUUUGGUCAACUUGGGCAUUAUGAUUUUCCAACAACAGUUCCUCGUCUUGCAAAGGUGAGCAGUGAAAAUGGAGUCUGGAGUGUAGCUGCAGGCCAGGAUUAUUCCCUGUUUUUAGUGGAUACAGAAGACUUCCAGCCUGGGUUAUAUUACAGUGGCCGACAGGACCCUGCAGAAGGUGACAAUCUUCCAGAGAAUCACAGUGGUACUAAGACUCCAGUACUUCUCUCCUGUAGUAAGCUCGGAUAUAUAAGCAGAGUGACAGCAGGAAAAGAUAGCUAUCUAGCUUUGGUGGACAAAAAUGUUAUGGGAUAUAUUGCCAGUCUCCAUGAGUUGGCUACUACAGAAAGACGAUUCUAUUCAAAACUAAGUGACAUCAAAUCUCAGAUUCUCAGGCCUCUUCUCAGUUUAGAAAAUUUGGGCACUGCAAGUACAGUCCAGCUGUUGCAGGAGGUGGCAAGCCGUUUCAGCAAGCUGUGUUACCUAAUUGGUCAGCAUGGAGCCUCACUGAGCAGCUUCCUUCAUGGGAUAAAGGAGGCCAGGAGUUUGGUCAUUCUGAAGCAUGCAAGUCUCUUCUUGGAUAGUUAUACAGAGUAUUGCACAUCUAUUACAAAUUUCCUGGUUAUGGGAGGAUUCCAGCUUCUUGCUAAGCCUGCCAUUGAUUUCCUAAAUAAAAACCAGGAGCUAUUGCAAGAGUUAUCAGAAGUAAAUGAUGAAAACACCCAAUUGAUGGAAAUACUGAAUACGCUGUUUUUCUUGCCAAUCAGACGACUUCAUAAUUAUGCUAAAGUUUUGCUAAAGCUUGCUACCUGUUUUGAAGUGACAUCUCCAGAGUACCAGAAACUACAGGAUUCCAGUUCUUGUUAUGAGUCUCUUGCUCUCCAUCUCGGCAGGAAAAGGAAAGAAGCUGAAUACACACUGGGCUUCUGGAAGACCUUUCCCGGGAAAAUGACGGAUUCCUUGAGGAAGCCAGAGCGUCGGCUGCUCUGUGAGAGCAGUAACCGAGCCCUAUCUCUGCAGCAUGCUGGGAGGUUUUCUGUGAAUUGGUUCAUUCUCUUUAACGAUGCCCUAGUCCAUGCCCAGUUCUCCACACAUCAUGUUUUCCCUUUGGCCACGCUAUGGGCAGAGCCACUUUCUGAAGAAGCUGGUGGUGUGAAUGGCUUAAAGAUAACUACACCUGAGGAGCAGUUCACUCUCAUUUCAUCAACACCCCAGGAAAAGACUAAGUGGCUACGGGCUAUAAGCCAAGCUGUGGAUCAGGCUUUGAGGGGGACAUCUGACCUUCCACCUUAUGGAAGUGGCAGCAGUAUUCAGAGGCAGGAACCACCCAUUUCACGCAGUGCCAAGUACACUUUCUAUAAGGAUCCUCGCCUGAAGGAUGCAGCCUAUGAUGGACGCUGGCUUUCAGGGAAGCCUCAUGGCAGAGGGGUUUUGAAGUGGCCAGAUGGAAAGAUGUAUUCUGGCAUGUUCAGGAAUGGCUUGGAAGAUGGAUAUGGAGAAUACAGAAUUCCAAACAAAGCAUUGAACAAAGAAGACCAUUAUGUGGGCCAUUGGAAAGAAGGAAAAAUGUGUGGUCAAGGAGUCUAUAGUUAUGCCUCUGGUGAAGUGUUUGAAGGCUGUUUUCAAGAUAACAUGCGUCAUGGUCAUGGUCUCCUGAGAAGUGGAAAAUUGACUUCCUCUUCUCCCAGCAUGUUCAUUGGCCAAUGGGUAAUGGAUAAGAAAGCAGGAUAUGGUGUCUUUGAUGAUAUCACUAGGGGGGAAAAGUAUAUGGGAAUGUGGCAAGAUGACGUAUGUCAAGGGAAUGGUGUGGUAGUUACCCAGUUUGGAUUAUACUAUGAAGGCAACUUUCACCUUAAUAAAAUGAUGGGAAAUGGGGUUUUACUUUCCGAAGAUGAUACUAUAUAUGAGGGAGAAUUUUCAGAUGACUGGACUCUUAGUGGAAAGGUGGGAAACUUUCUUCUUCCUCUAAUACAAUCUUCUACUAAUUUUUUCUUGACCUUUAAAAAAAGCUACCUUACCAUAAAAUUCACCUGUUUUAAGAUCUUACUGAAUCGUAAGCAUUCUUUAUAUAUUCUGGAUAGGGGAACUGCCAUUUCGUGCUUGCAUAGUUGUCAUCAGCAUCCUCUGGAGACCAAAAGGAAGUGGCACCACAAUUUUGAAGUACUUCCAGAGACAUUAAGUCGUUCGCAGACUCAGACACUAGAGAGUUUGGAAUUCAUUCCUCAGCAUGUUGGUGCCUUCUCUGUGGAGAAAUAUGAUGAUAUCAAGAAAUAUUUAAUAAAGGCCUGUGACACUCCUCUGCACCCCCUGGGCAGGCUUGUGGAGACACUGGUUGCAGUUUAUAGAAUGACAUAUGUGGGCGUGGGAGCCAAUCGCCGGUUACUGCAGGAGGCUGUGAAGGAGAUUAAGUCUUACCUUAAGCGAAUUUUCCAGCUGGUGAGAUUCUUAUUUCCUGAGCUUCCUGAAGAGGGCAGCACAAUUCCUCUCUCUGCUCCUCUCCCAACGGAAAGGAAAUCCUUUUGUACUGGGAAGUCAGAUUCCAGAUCUGAAUCGCCAGAGCCAGGUUAUGUGGUAACAAGUUCUGGGUUACUGCUUCCUGUACUACUACCUCGGCUCUACCCGCCACUGUUCAUGCUCUAUGCCCUGGAUAAUGAUCGCGAGGAAGACAUUUACUGGGAAUGUGUUCUACGACUGAAUAAGCAGCCAGAUAUUGCUCUCCUGGGCUUCCUUGGGGUACAGAGGAAAUUUUGGCCAGCGACCUUGUCAGUCCUUGGAGAGAGUAAAAAGGUUUUGCCAGCUACAAAAGAUGCUUGUUUUGCCUCAGCUGUAGAAUGUCUGCAGCAGAUCAGCACAACAUUUACCCCGUCAGACAAACUUAAGGUCAUCCAACAGACUUUUGAAGAGAUCUCUCAGAGUGUCCUGGCAUCACUUCAGGAAGACUUUUUGUGGUCCAUGGAUGACUUGUUUCCUGUUUUCUUAUAUGUGGUGCUACGGGCCAGGAUUAGGAAUUUAGGCUCUGAGGUACACCUCAUUGAGGAUCUAAUGGACCCAUAUCUUCAGCAUGGGGAACAGGGUAUAAUGUUCACCACCUUGAAGGCAUGUUACUACCAGAUCCAGCGUGAGAAGCUUAACUAGGAUGCACAACAGCUUGACAACUGGAUUAUCUGUAGGAUGCUUUAGCACCAUCUGGCGUCUUCCUAUAGUGGCAAAAAAGAAUGGUGUUGAAAUUAGGGCGUUGUGUUAUUUUGGUGGUUAUUUCGGAGCCUUACUAAUGAUGAUAGCCCUGAGCCCAGAAAAAAAAAAAAGACUAUGAUUUAAAGGGAGGGUUGAAAAGGAGAUCAAAUUCAAUUAAACCAGUUAAGUCCCCCAAAUAUCAUACAUUUACUGUUUGGAAAAAGGACAUCCCCUCCUACAGUAAGGAGUAUGCCAGCUACGUGAAGUUGUAAGAAGAAUUCUCAGUACAGCUUCUUACAUUAAAGAAGUUAAUAAUUUUUUUGAGUUUCAGGUUUGCCUGCAGUUACCCCAGACCCCUUUGCAAGGAGCAGAUUGUACUUGAAACUACAGUAGCCACACUAUGCCUUCCUGAAUUCCUUGCAGUCACGUGUGCAUCAUGCUUCUUUGCUGAGGGAGGGGAAAGAGGACCUUCUAAAACUGCAGUUUUAACUUUUUCUAAGCUUUUCCACCAGGGUAUUCAUGAUGGGAGAGGUUCUAUGCAGUGACUACCGCACCCCGACCCCAAACAUGGAACACAUAUAAAUAGGAGUCUUCUGCCUCCUGACUAGAAAGAACAUAGGAGUUUUGUUCGUGGAUUCCUUUCAGUGCUAUGGAGUGAAUACACUGGAAUUCAAACACUGACUCUGAGCUGCUAUGGAACCUCACUCGUCCGUGUGCAAAUGCUGUAUUGCGAGGCCUGUGAAUGAGAGCCCGAAGAGCUUUUGCAUGUGGGCUGUGUUUUGGAGCAGGACUAAAUUCUGGGAAAUACCGAAGCAAGGAACUGCAUCCAUCCUUGACCUAGUGUUCUGGUUCUUCCCUGUACCUCGCACUGAACUCACAGAGGGGAAGAAAAAGGAAACAAGCUUUGGCUUUUCCCAUCUCAAAAGUAUUGUAACACUUCAACAUUUUAGUGUUUUGCCUUUCACCUUUUUUUUUUUUUAAUGUCCUGUUGUAAAUGGUUGGUUUACACUGUACAAGUAACACUAGUAGCUGUUUUGAAUAACAUAGGUGCUCUUUCUCAUCUCAUCUCCUACACACCAUGGUGAGCAUAUGGAGUAUCCUCCAGAUUUAUGUUAACAUCAGCAGGUGUUAAUCAAUUUUAAAAAAGGAUCAUGGUUUCUGCUCUACUUUAUAAUCAAGACAUGUUUAUUAAAAUACUGUUUCGGAAUGUUGGCUGUAAUGUAACAGCAAUUUUCAUAAUAAAAGACAUUCAUCUCUA